AAUUCUGGAGCGGACCCUGGGAGAGUCAGAAACACAUCCGGUGUUAGAAGAGCUGCGUAGGCUCCUGGAGGCUGGUAAGAAGGUGAGGUGGCCUUGGCUUUGCUUGGUCCUGAGCCUUGUGGGCGUCUUUCUCGAAGUCCGCGCAGGAAAGGCGUCGCUGGGCGGUUGUUUUUUUCUUGGACCUACUUGCUGGAGCUAUGAUAAGCGGAGGCUGUGUCCCACAGACUCUGGCAUCAUGAACAUAUUUGAUCGGAAGAUCAACUUUGAUGCACUCUUAAAAUUUUCCCACAUAACCCCCUCGACACAGCAGCACCUGAAGAAGGUCUAUGCCAGUUUUGCCCUCUGUAUGUUUGUGGCGGCCAUGGGGGCCUAUGUCCAUGUCGUCACUCAUUUCCUUCAGGCUGGCCUGCUCUCUGCCUUGGGCUCCCUGGGGUUGAUGAUUUGGCUGAUGACAACACCUCAUAGCCAUGAAACUGAGCAAAAAAGACUGGGACUUCUUGCUGGAUUUGCUUUCCUUACAGGAGUUGGCCUAGGUCCUGCUCUGGAGCUGUGCAUUGCCAUCAACCCCAGCAUUCUUCCCACUGCCUUCAUGGGGACAGCAAUGAUCUUCACCUGCUUCACCCUGAGCGCCCUGUAUGCCAGGCGCCGGAGCUACCUCUUUCUUGGAGGUGUCUUGAUGUCAGCCAUGAGCCUGAUGCUCUUGUCUUCCCUGGGGAAUCUUUUCUUUGGAUCCAUUUGGCUUUUCCAGGCAAACCUGUAUGUGGGGCUGGUGGUCAUGUGUGGCUUUGUCCUCUUUGAUACUCAACUCAUUAUUGAGAAGGCUGAAAAUGGAGAUAAGGAUUAUAUCUGGCACUGCGUUGACCUCUUCUUAGAUUUCAUUACUCUCUUCAGAAAGCUCAUGAUGAUCCUGGCUAUGAAUGAGAAGGACAAGAAGAAAGAGAAGAAAUGAAAUGACCAUGCAGCCUUUCCCAUUUUGACCUCUGUCCCUCCAACCCUCAUUUCCUCUUUGCACACAUUGCAGGUGGUGUGUUCUGUGAUAAUGAAAAGCAUCAGAAAAGCUUUUGUACUUUGUGGUUUUCUCUAUUUUGAAUUUUUUGAUCAAAAAACUGAUUAGCAGAAUAUAGUUUGGAGUUUGGCUUCGUAUUCCUGGGGUUCUUCCCCACUCCCUUUUUCUGUCCAGCCCGUCCCUAGCCUCUUCCUCUGCUCAGGCAGCCAGCUGGUCACCGCGAUGAGGAGUGGGACCCACAGCAGAGCAAACUCCAGGAGUCCGCUUUCCACCCGAGCUUCACCAGGUGCACCUGAACUGUUGGGUAGAGCUACUUUAGCUCUUUUCCUCAGCGUUGUGUGGUUUGUGCAUGUUCCUGUGGGGCUGGGCAGUGUGCUUUCCAUCGGAGAGGAGUUUGGUGGUCCUGUUGUAAUUCAGGCUCAUUACAUCUGAGCUACUGUCAACCCCUACAAAGAAAACGAAGAGCCUCUUCUGUUGGAUGCUUUGCUUCCUCUGAGCUGCCCAAGCUGCUGCUGGUCUGGCAAACACACCAUUCUGUCUUGCUAUCCCAAAAGGAAUGUGGAUUGACGUGUUCCCUUUCCCUGUCCCUGGUCUGACCCUCAGGGAAUCUGCCGCUUUUCCAUCCAUGGGGCGGGAGGAUUUCAGCACAAAGGAAAGACCGAUUCUUGUCAGGUAUUUAUGAAAAGACUGGUUAUGUAUGGCAAGAGAGAGCAGAGAAGUCCCAAACUUCCCCUGUCUUUAUUUUUUAUCACCUUAGUUGCUGAGUGGGUUCCCCCACCUGGCUUCGAGUACAGAUACCAGGAGAGAGGAAGGCUAGGGAAGGGGAAUGGUUGAGCCUGGGGGUAAUCUUAGGGGGUAAUCGUAAACUAAUCCUGCCCGACAGACCCAGAUGAGGACCUGUUUGGGGCAGUGGGGGAGAAGAACGCUGCUAACUGAAUGGUUCUUUGUUUUGAGCGGCAGAAGUGGGUUGUGAUGACUCGGGAGGCAGCAUUCAUAACAGUCCAGUGCAUUUCUGUCUUCUCCCGCCUGGACGCCAGUAGGGUCAGGCCGGAGAUGUGGGGCGGUAGAUAAACAUUCAUUUUACAGAUGCACUUUAGUUUUUGGUCUCUUCACCUGUUCCCCGAAAUCUGUAGCCUUCCAGCCAGGGACAGGUGACCAAACCUGCAAGACCUCUGAUUCCCUCCAGCUUGCUUGGUGGUGAGUGUGGGAGGCCAGCACUAAUGGGGAUCACCAGCGCUUUCGCAGGGCGCUGCCGCAGGGCACUGGCGGAGAAGGGCAGGCAGCCUGGAGAGCACUUGUGGCUCCGGCUCUUCACAGGGCUUCCGUGGCAGGGGCCUGAGCCAUCAACAGCUCAUUGCCGGGAGGAUACCAGUUUUGGCUCUCCCAUGCACAAGCAGCACACAGUUUGACCCAGCGGCUGCUGGUUCGCAGUGCACCAUAUCACCGUGCCACCCUGAGAAGCGGUUCCCAGGGAGUGUGUGUAUUCCUGGAGUGGCGCACUGCCCGGAAUGGCUGGCUUCUGCAGAGGAUGCUACCCUCUGACUAGCUACCGCCUCCAGCCUCUGGCUUGAGAACUUUUAAUAAAGGGACUUCCUUCCCAUUAAACGCCCAAUCGCCCUCUCCGUAAAUUUGUUGAUUCUCUCCAAGGCCUGAGAAUCUUCAGUUACAUCUCUUGAAGCCAAACUCCACCUCUUGUGCUUUUUUGCUUGGGAUAAAGGAGUUUUUCUUUAGAAACAGUGCCAAGAAUGACAAGAUCUAAAAAAACAACUUUUAAAGAAAAUGCCUAACAGGUUUUUAAUACAGUAAUCACUGUAAUUAUAACUUUCUCUUCUAGUUCCUUGGUUUUCAGCUCAGGCUGCAUUCUCUAACUCAUACUGUGAAGACAAAGGUGUUUUUGAUUCAGAAAUAUAUGAAAUCUACAUAGUCUUAAUUUGUAAAAAAUAAAGAAAAUUCUUUAACCUUU